GCCGCUUUGGAUUGGGCAACGAUGGAUCGCGUUUGGAUUUCGGGAAGAACACGCACGGCAGUCAUGGCCAGAUCUUUAAUUUCCACGGAAUCUAAAGUCUGGACAUAAGAUCAUGGCGGAGCCUGCUACUUCACCGAGCCGACGAGCAAGCGUGGAUUCAGUGCUGUCCGAUUUCCAAGUGGAGCUCCUCAAGAACCACCGCCAGCAAAUCCCCGACGACGAUGAGUUCUUCCUCGACGAUCAUCCAAAGUCUGGACAAAAUGGAUCGAAUUUGCUACUGGACGAACGCGAUGCCUCGAUGAAUGAGUGCUCGACGUCGUCGCCAUCGCAAUUGGCCGAUUCUUCCUCGGUAGCGUUGUGGCAGGGAGGUGUCCGGCUGGUAAUUGAGGCACCAAUCGCCAAAGUGUGGGAGAUCUCUUCCGAGAGGUGCGGAAUCUCUCGCUGGAUGCCCAUGAUCGAGGAGUGCGUGGAGAUCGAUCCGGGCGAUGGUAUAACCGGCAGCCGGAGGCGAAUUUCCGGCGAUAUCCUCCCCCGGAUCGACAACAUCCAGUCGUGGGCGAUCGAGAAGCUGGUGGAAUUCGACGCGGAGAAUCACUACUACACGUAUGAGGUGGAGGAGAGCAACAUUGGGCUGGAGGGGUACCGCGCCACGCUCCAGCUCAACGAUUUCGGCGAUGACACCACGCUGGUGAAUUGGGUGUACGAGGUGAGGGCGAUGGAGGACAGCUCCGAAGAGGGCAUGGCAGAUUACAUGGGAAUGUUCUUCAAGGCAUGCCUCAGGCGCCUGGAACUUCUCGCAAGCGGGAAGGAGAGAGACGACGAGAACACGCGUACAAAUCCCAUUGAUCCAGAGUAAAUACGUGUUUGAACACUAUUAGUCCAGCUGGCAUAUAAAAAGAGAAUACGUGCCAAAUUACUAUUGA